AUGGCAUCAAACAAGACAAUAGUCACCGACGAGCUCGUUGAGUCACUUAGACUAAGACUUAAGACGUCUGAGCUACUCUCGCCGGCAUCUCCCGCCUACGAAGAUGCCAUCAAACGCUGGUCCGCUGCGGCUAUUAAAAGAGCUGGCAUGGUCCUACUCGCCCAGAAUACCGCAGACAUCUCCCAGGCUGUGGUCUUCGCCCGCGAGACCAACAUCGACCUCGCCAUCAAAGGCGGUGGCCACUCCGUGGCCGGCGCCAGCUCCAGCGACGGCGGCCUAGUCAUCGACCUGAGCCACAUGCGUGCUGUCGCCGUUGACCCCGUCCAGAAAACAAUCACCGCCCAGGGUGGCGCGCUGUGGGCCGACGUCGAUGCCGCAGCGGACAAGCAUCAGCUCGCCACCGUGGGCGGCACCGUGAACCACACCGGCAUCGGUGGACUGACGCUGGGAGGCGGCAUGGGCUGGCUGAGUGGGCGGUAUGGACUGGUGGUGGAUAAUCUGCUCGCGGUUGAGAUUGUGCUUGCGGACGGGCGUGUGGUCAGGGCGUCUGCGACAGAGGAGCCGGAGCUGUUCUGGGCGGUGCGAGGCGCGGGCCAUAAUUUUGGAGUCGUCACGGAGUUUGUGUAUCGGGCUUACGACCAAGCUGGUCCGGUAUUCGCGGGCGCGCUGACCUUCACUCUUGACAAGUUGGAGGAAAUCGUGGACGUCUUGAACUACCUGCAGGCAAAUCCUGAUCAAGAUUCGGGCUUUGGUUGUCUCCUGAAUAUGCCACCUGGGUCGGACGAUCUCAGGAUGGAUAUGAUCCUGUUCUAUAAUGGCACCGAACAGGAAGCGCUGAAACGGUUUGAGAAGCUUAUUGCUCUCGAGCCCAUUGCUAAAAACACCUUCAUGAUGCCAUAUGUUGCGGUCAACGGGAUGCUGAACGCCGGAGUCGAACACGGAGGCCGACGCACCUUCAAGGGUGUCAGCUUUGUCCCGCCUCUACGGCCAGCUUUCCUGCGCAGCCUCGCGCAAAAAUUCUUGCAGAAGUUCCAAGACGAACCAGACAUGCGCGGAUCCGUUCUUAUGCUGGAAGUAUUCGACAUGCGUAAGAUCCAGGAAACUAAGGUCACCGACACCGCAACUCCCAAUCGCGGGUCGGCCGUCAAUGGCGUGCUGGCCCUGCAUUGGAACGACUCAGCAAACGACGCCAGGUAUAGAGAGUGGUCUCGCGAGAUCCAGCGGGACUUUGAGCAGGAAAUGGAGAGGACGCAGAAGGAUAUGACGGCGGCUGACAAGGCUGCCGCACGGUACCUCAACUACAUAGAACCCGGAGAAAUUGCCGUGUCCAGUGUAUAUGGUGUAAAUACCGAGAGAGUGCGCAGGCUUAAGGAGCAAUAUGACCCGGGCUUCAUUUUUGGCAAAACGAACCCAAUAGAUCGAAAAGCAUAA